AUGGAAUCAAGCACUCUUGACAUGCCUGACAGGAAAAAAUAUAAGCGUCCUCCCUCUGGGGUGCGACAGACCAGGAGGUCAGCUAGUGCUGAAAUGAUUGACAGAGAUGAUGAUGAAGGAAUGGCAGAUAAUGAAAACAUGAGUCCAGCAAGGAGAAGACCAAGAAGAAAAAGGAAUCAAGGCUAGUACUAAUAAUCCGUUUUUAUCAUAAUAUCUACAGUAGCUUCUGCUGUUUGCAGAGAUGGGUAAGAUGUUAUCAGUUUUUCUUCAAGGACUCAAGUUUUUUUAUUCAUUUGACAAGG